AUGCAAGCGCAAGAAAUGGUUGAGUUCAUAAAUCAGCUUCCAACACCGAUACGGAUGACGGCCAAUUUGAGUACGGAAAGAGUACAAUUUUUAGAUGUGGAAUUAUCCGUGGAAGAUCACAGAAUGGUCUAUUGUCUCUACUCUAAACCUACUGAUAGAAACACCAUAUUACACUACAACAGUGCACAUCCAAAAAAUCUGAUCAAGUCUAUACCUAAAGCUCAGUUUCUUAGAGUCAUGAGAAAUAAUUCAAAGGAAACAACUAAACGAAUACAAUUACAAGAAAUGAAAAUGAAAUUUCUAGAUAGAGGGUAUAGUGAAAGAGUCUUAGAUAAAGCGUUGGAAGAAGCAGAAGAGAAUGCGACCACGCUACAAGACAUCACAGAAGUCCCCAAAUUGAUUUUUCCCAUGACAUUCCACAGUAAAACACAGAAAAUAAACAGCAUUGUGAAACGUAAUUGGAAUAUGUUGGCAUGUGAUAAUAGUUUGCCAAAAGAAUUUAAGCAAUCACCACGCAUUUGCUAUCGAAGAAACAGAAAUUUAAAAGAUAUAUUAAUGAAGACAGAUCCUGUGGAGAGCUACACUGAACAGAAGAUAACACAAGUAAGAGGCAGUGUGCGCUGCCUAGGAUGUGUGACGUGUAGUCAUAUGGUGCCAGCACGUAAGUUUAACCAUCCACACAAAAAUAAGAUGUAUAAAAUCCGCCACACCAUUACGUGUAAGAUGACCCAUGUAAUAUAUAAAAUAUCGUGCCCUUGUGGCUUGUUUUACAUAGGGAAAACUGAAACGCAGCUCUGUGAUAGAAUUAGGGGUCAUAGAUCCAAUAUAAGAACUGCCUACAGAGACGGAUACACAGACAAACCUGUGGCAAAGCAUUUUUUAGAAUAUAAACAUUCUUUGACUAUGUUAAAAUUCGUGGCAAUUGAUUGGAUACCUUGUUCUAGAAGAGGUGGAGAUAGGGGUAAUGCCCUAUUGAGAAGAGAGACAUUCUGGAUACAAGAAUUGGAAACUGUGGCUCCAAGGGGAUUGAACGAGAUGAUAUCAUAUCAUCCAUAUAUAUGAGUAAUGUUGAAAUAAUUGUUUGCCUCCUUUGAGUUAUUAAAUACAUAUAUUUUAACUAGGAUUAGAGGAAAAAUUUAUAUCAAUAAAAAGGUUAUAUGGAGAUAUAAUAUAACGAAUUAAAAUAUAAAAUAUAAAAUAUAUAGUUGUAGAUCUUAUUCUAUUUGCACAGAUAAAGGACAGUACCUAAUUAUCAAUUAUCUAUCUUAAAUAAUACCUCUUUGAGCAAAGAGCAUUACUAUAAUGAAUAUAACUCAUUGAUAGGACAAAUUAAGUUAAUAUAUAGGUACGAUAUACAAUAGAAUUCACAAUGACGCUUUAUGUAAAUAAUGUAUAUAUAAGACACUAGCAGAUUUAUUAUCCUUAUAUUUUUGUACAUAAUAUUAUAAUAUAUAUUCUUUUGAAAGUAUAUAAUAUGUUGGAAGAUCACUGAAGUAUAGUAAUUAGGUAGUUGAUAGUAGCAACAAAGAGAGUAAUACUUCGGUGACCAAUAAAUAGUACAUAAUAAUAGCACAUGUAGCACUUUGAUGUAUAUAAACUACACGUGUAUCACUUUAAUAAAUUAGUGGCACUUUAAGUAACAUGCUAGCACUUUAAUGUACAUAACACAGCAUUUUUAGCACUUUAAUGUACAUAAACAGCACUAAGUAUCACUUUAAUAUACUAUGUCUCACUUUAUUUUAUAAAUGUUAGCACUUUGAUACAUAUAGCACAAGUGUCACUUUAAUUUACUAUGUUUCACUUUAAUAUAUAAAUGUUAGCACUUUAUUGUAUAGAUAUGAUAUAUUUAGCACUUUGAGACUAUUGAAAUAUAGUUUAUUGUCAUUAAUUUGUAAUUGUAACUGUAUAAACAUCCAAUAAGCGGUGCAUGAUAGGAUGCAGAUAAGAUCCUAAUUGUAUAAUUACGUCUAGAUACUAGAUAUGGAACAGCCUUUAUAAUUAAUGCAAUGUGAGUUAUAAAUGAAUAAGAUCCCUCUAAAUAGUUAAAUAUUGUUUGUUUAAUAUGUUUUUAAUGUUUUGAUUAGAUGCAGAGUUAGUUAGACCGCCUAGGCUGACUGUGAAAAGAGCGAGGAUAUUGCUCGCUGCGUUGCCGUGGAGCCGGGUACACAUACCGGGUAUCCACGGCAACGAUGACGUCAACACGCUACUUCCGGGUGGCGGGAGGAUGACGCAUGCGCAGAGACGGCGAUAG